CAUAUUCCCAAAGCAUAGACUUUCAGAACAACACCGGAAAUCAUGAGCGCUGGCAAUAAUGAGCUUUUGUAGAUACCAUCUGACAAAGCAGCCUAUCAUGAAUGGACCAUCUAGCAAAGGAGGUUGUCACCUUUGAAAACUUUUGCUUCUCUGAACCAGUAAGUCUCUAAGGUGCCAACCUGCUCUGUCUUAGGGGAAGUGGGGCUGGUAAGAAGAUGGGGAGUGGGUUUCAGCAAUGAGCCCUCUGAGUGGCAUAGAGUUGAGCAGCGGGAUCAAAGCACACCUUAUGGUAACACCAGGGAACUGGAUGCACUCCUCUGAAAACCAGCCUCUCUGUUCUGAGCCCUGUUCCCUUUAAGUAGGCUUGCAGCAUGCCUUGCAUGGGUGCCUUGCCAAACCUCAGCCUCUGUCCAGACCUGACUGCUUCUAAUUUCUUGCCUGUUUCUUUCCUUCCCUCAAGCACUCUAAAGUCUCUGUUUUCCCCUGGGGACGUGGUGAAAGGACAACAGCAGGAUGAAGCAAGGGGGCUCCUUUCUGCAGAAUCUUUUGGAGAACAGUGUGGUCCAGUUCCUGAAAAAACCUCAGGCCAUUGCUAGGAUACUUGCUGGGCUCUUCUCUCUGAUUAUCUUUGCUUCCCUGAUGACUGAUGGCUAUGAGAACCUGACAGCUUCGUCCCAGCUGCGCUGCGUGCUGAACGACAAUGGGGCAGCCUGCAGCUAUGCCAUUGUAGCUGGGGUCCUGGCAUUCCUGCAGUCCUUCUUGUUCCUCAGCCUCGAUGCUUUCGACAUUGUCCGCAUUAGUCACAGGGUCAAAUCCACCAUCCUGAUCCUGGACGUGAUCUUCUCCAUCAUCUGGUCCUGUGUAUGGUUUGUCGCCUUCUCUUUCUUGGCCAAUCAGUGGAACAAGUCUAUUCAUCGCUACCUGCUGGGAAGCAGCUCCGCCCGUACUAGCAUCUCUUUUGCUUUCUUCUCCAUCCCAUGCUGGGUGUACCUGGGCUAUCGGGCCCUGAAAGAGCUGUGGGCUGAGCCACCUGUUCCCUACCAACGAUCCUUUGAUGAGGGAGCUGUGGCACUGACCACUCUCUCCUCUGUCACCACCACUUCCAUUCCCAUUAGUGGGGAGCAUUACAGCCCCACUGAGGUUCCCCCUACUGACUCCCCCCACAACCCAAAGACCCCCCCUACACACCGACUCAGUUUCAGCAAUGACAAUUAGGGAAAUUAUUUUUCUCGCUGUAGUAAAUAAAGAGGCUGUUUUCUGAACCAGAAUGUGAUUUAAUUCAAGUCACAAGGCAAGAGGGAGGGUGACUUGAGGCCCAGAGAGAUGAAAGUCAGCAGGCAUGGCUGCCAAAUGCCCACCAGAGGGAACAGCUCCCAUUUUUUCAGCAGGGACAGGGGCAUGCCCCAACUUCACUGAUGGCAGAGGGAGGUUUACACCAAGGAAACAGACAGAAUCUAUCUUUACAUAGUAACUAUUUGUUGUGGUUCUUUAUAUUCAUGAUAAAAAUCAGUCGCUGGGAGAAUGCACUACCCCACUGGGACCUGUGCUAUUUCUCUCCUUGCAUUUCCUUCCUAGCUCAGCUCUUCUCUCUGCAUUCCCUUUCAUGCACCCACACUUCCUGCAAAAACAAUCAACAACAACCUGUGACAAGGAACAGUUGACAGUUCAAGGAGGUUAAUGGACAAGGAAUUAAGGCUCUCUGAGCCGUCACAUCAAGCUGCCUGCAGACUCAGCUAAGCAUCGCUGCGUCUUACAUUCAGAUCACACGAGGAAGUUUCUCCUCGCAACCCUGAGGGCUGGAAGCUUCCCUUUUCUUUUGAACAAAACCAAAAGCUGUGAUCAUAAAGUCUAAAUGUGUCAUGCUCGAUGCAGACAAAGUGACCUUACCUUGUGUAUCUGUCAUCCCCACAACAGGCCUUCCUCUGUGAUUUCAGGGUUACAAGGGACAAAAAUUAAUUUCUGUUCUCCAUGGAAGAGUUCAGCUCUUCAUUUUAAAAAAUACAAAAAAACCCACACAAAUUAUUUCAUAUUUGAAAUGCUGCUACAGAGUCUCAUGCUCCUGUUCUCCUCUUUGGGUCUUGGUUAUGCUUUAUUUGUCACAAUGCAUCUUGGUUUCUUGCAGUGCAUAAGGGAAUAUGAUGUGCCUUUAGGAAGCCCAGCUCACACAGGCAAAUGGGGCCCAGGAAGCACUAUGUAAGUGGAUCCCAGAUCAAAACAUUUCAGGUUUUGUGCAUGCAUUUUUUCAAUGAAAAACAAAAACAAUUUGGAUUUUCCCUGGAAAACUGACAUUUUUCACAGAAGACUUCUUGAAAUCGGGCCAAUUUUCCAUUUAAAAAAUUCCAUCAAAACAUAGUUAAAGUCUAAAAUCUUCCAUGGUAUAAAACAGCUCUUUAGCAUGCAAUGAAACCACACAACAGCUUAGGACAGGAAGCGAAGAGGAGCUCUGCAUCCAAUUAAAACAAAGGGAGAAACAGAAUGAGGUGAAUACACAUAGAACAGGAAAACAAAGCAGGAGUUUCUUUUAUUGAAAAUUUCCAAAAAGGCACUAAUCAAUUAAAAAAAAGAGAGAAAUUUGUUUUUUCUGUUUAUUUAAAGUGAACAAGGACUUAACCAUCAAUUAUGUA